AUGGAAAUGCAAGAUAUUAAAAGUAGUGGAGGCGAUAUGAGUCCCCAAACCAGGGAGCGUGUUAUGCAGAUUUUCAACGAUGUUAUUCAGGACAAAGAGGCCAACUACCCUCAGACGCUUGCACGAAGGCUGAAGGAACAGUGCGAUAUCCAAAUGAAAGGUACUUGGCACUGUCAUGUGGGUCCAAGUUUUGGAAGGUAAAUGAAACUCUCAAAAAACAAAUAACUUACUAUUUGUUGCACAAGGGAGACAAAGCAAUUUGAGAAAGUUAGUUCAUGUUUGUUUAAAAUCGGAUUGAAAAUCCAUGGCUGGCCUUAAACAAGUGUUGUUUCCUUACCUGUCUCAACAAUCUGAAAUAUUGACUGAUUUUGUUUGUAGCUCUUUCCCCUAUGAAAGGGGCUCAUAUUUCACCGCGAGCUAUCGUGAUCUAUGCGUUGUUCUUUACAAGUAUGGAUGA